ACAAUAUUCCUUUCAGCUAUUCUUCGCAGCUAAUAAAGCAGGCAAGCUAAGCUAGAGCAGGACGCCGGACCCCAAACUGACCCUUGCCGGACACACCCCUGACUCCGUGGCAAGGACACACGGUACGGAAUAUGGAGUACGAAGUAUGCGUACCUACACAACUCAUCGAUGAUCAAACCAUCAAUCCCGAGCCGCAUACUCCAAGAGCCACGAGGCAAGACUCGCCUCGCAGGAAGCAAGAGGCAACCGAGCAGCGAAGUGGCCGUUUCCCCCUUCCAAGUUCCCGCUGGCAUUAAGAUUGGAUCCAUUUAGUUGCGAUCCACGAUCCACCGGCCUCGUCCACUCCAGAUGCAACCAGCCACCAACAAAGCCGUCCUGCUGAUCGUCCUCGCAAUCAAUUCGUCUCCUCGCUUCGGAGCUGUCGCCGUCUGCUCCUUCAUGCAUGUGGCUACGAAUACACAACUACCACCCGACUGGAGAUGCCAUUCGAUGAUCGAUCCCCACGCAUACGAGGCUCACACAGAUUUGAUCACAUUACUGCUCAAACAAACAACGUCCUAUUGCAUCCAUCCGACGGUGCCGCUGCAGAUGUAUGCGAUGUCAAAAUCGGUUACAACACCCGCAGGCUCCCUCGACUGAAUUCUCGGCUUGACGUUGGGUUUGGUGAUAAGCAGCCACUCUAGUCGAAGCAGACACAAACUUGAUGAUGUACUCUAUUCCAACCGGCCAUCACGCUUUCAUACUCUUCUUGAUUGAUUUCUCUCUUGCGUUCCUCUCGCCUUCCACAAUACUGGAGACACAAAUACGGACCAACAGCCUUAUACGACCCUUUCGCCCCCCUUUUUCUACUCACCUUGUCGCCAACGCCCGAGAAUAUGGGUAUGAAUCGUCCACCAACCGGUAUUGGAUCUGCAUCGAGGCGCCUGAUCCGUGGGGUGUGGGUGCUAAUUAUCCCGUCCUUGGGUGCAAGCGGCCGAGAUAUCGGAGCC